AUGAGAGAUACAAAUGUAUCAAAUUUUGAAGCAAACACAACGCCUUCAACCAGUAGAACACCAGUUUUUACAGCAAUGGCUACUGCAGAAAAGCCUAGAAAGUUUACUGAACUCUGGUAUGCUCUUGAGAAGAAAUACAAAACUGAAGAUGCAGGCUUGAAGAAGUUUGUGGAUGCAAAAUUUUUGGACUAUAAGAUGGUUGAUAGCAAGAUUGUCAUGUCCCAAGUUCAAGAACUACAAGUCAUUAUUCAUGAUCUCCUGGUAGAAGAUAUGAUCAAAUUCAAUAGUUUUAUUGUUAAAAUUGUUGAAUGUGUUAUUGAUUUUAAAUUAUCCAAUGUAGGUAUGAUCAUAAACGGAAUAUUUCAAGUAGCGGCAUUAAUCAAGAAAUUGCUUCAUUCAUGGAAACACUUCAAAAAUUAUUUGAAGCACAAGCGAAAGGAGAUGACUUUUGAAAAUAUGAUUAUUCGUCUCAGGAUCGAGGAAGACAACAAGGCUGUCGAGAAGAAGGCUAAAGGAAACUCAAUAAUAUGGGAGAAAAUAUUGUUGAGGAUGGUCCAAAUAAAUCAAAAAAGAGGAAGAAACCUUCUAGACCGAAGAACUAUCCAAGUAAAAAAGAAAUUCAGAGGAGACUGCCACAACUGUGGAAAAAUUGGACAUAAGGCUGUGGAAUGUCGUGUUUCCAAGAAGGAGAAGAAGAAAGGUCAAGCCAACAUGGUUGAUACAAAUAGGGAUGUUGAAAGCUUAUUUUCAAUGCUGACCGAAUGUAACCUGGCAGGAAAUCUGAAAAAAUGGUGGCUUGAUUCAGGAUCCACAUCACCUGUUUGUGCGGUUCAAGAAAUCUUCGCUAUUUAUUCCUCUGCUGCACUUGAUGAGACUAUCUAUAUGAAAAAUUCUACAAUGACUAAGGUUGAAGGAUAUGGUAAAGUAUUCUUGAAAAUGACAUCCGACAAGGUGGUGACACUGAACAAAACAAAAUAG